AUACAACGGAUACACAUGUUCUCUGCUCGAGACGAUGCUAGCUAGCUUUGUUGUUUUGUAGUCUUUCUCUUGGAUUAAACGCGUUUGUCCUUAUGGAAACAGCUGAAAUAAACUCAACAUGUCUGAAAAGCACAGGGCACUACCAUCGUGGAUGUCAAAGAAAGACAAAGACACGGACAAAGUGAAAGAACCGCUCAAGUCUAAGAGGAAGCCGAAAGUGGCACGGUCUGUUUUCUACUGUAUGAACGAGCAGGAGCUGGUCGACGCUUCAGUGUCGUACCUCACCAACCUCGCACGGGAAGGUUUGCAGAGCCAACACAAGACAAACCCUAAAACUACACCCCAGACUGAGCAGGAGAGACGGGAUCCUGGUUUUAGAUGUUACCCAGCAGCAGAGGCUUCAGUGGAGUCCUCAGACAGUGGAGAUGACCAGGACAGGACUUAUGUGUCAGAGUCAGACGUGGACAUUACAGAGGUGGAGACUGUGCCAUACCCUGUGAGCACAGCGGGUAAUGAGGAAAGAGAAGUACAGGACUGUAAAGAGGAGGGACAGAGGGUAAACAAAGAUGGAGUCUCACAGCCUGCGACUAAAGUGGAUGAGAAAGAGGAUGAUGCGUUCAAACUGGUGCGAGAAAUCUUCUUCACCUGAGUUUUGGACUGCUCAGAAGGACAAACAUAUUCAUAAACAUUUGCACUUAAGUUGCAUGUAUAUGUUUUUAAACAAGUUAUAAGUAUAUAUAUUUUUUACAGAGGGAUAUCAGUCUGGUCAUCACUCCCUUGUAUCAGGCUCAAACACGGUCAUCCAGCCAGAUCUGUUUUUUCAGUGUCACAUGUGAAACAAAGCUCAUUGGUCACAUCUCUCUCACCUCAGAUUAAGGUUUAGUUUAGUGCUUUGCUCAUUUCUUUUUUCCUGUAAGUAGCCAUAUUUUUUUCAAUACUGGCAGACACUGUGUGUCCCUCAUCCACAUGUCAGUCACACCUGUCUGAACUCGGAGAGAUUCUUGGGUGACCAAACAUGCAUCUUCAUAGUAUUGGCGAAAUUCUGGAUCACAGGCAACUAUAAAACUGUUCUUGAAUGUAGUGUAUAGUAAUGCAAUCCUGCGUUUAAAAAUAAGAACACAUUUUCCAUACAGUUUUUUUUUUUCCUCUGUGUGAUAAAGAUCCACAUUUCAGGGUAAUUUUGUCAUAUUAAAAUAUCUUGUUCAAUGAAUUUACAAAAAGCUCUUUUUCAGAGUUUAUAUUUGAAUUUGAAAAAUAUUAUUGAAUUUAAGGUACAUACAUACACAAAUGUUCAACUGUUGCAUAGUGGGUUAAAGGUAGCCAGUUCAAACGGUUCAAACCAUGCCCAUGUGCGUUCUGUCGUUGUGCCUCUGGGCAAAACACUUGACCCACAUUGCCUCCGCCUGUCACAUUAUAAGACUGUCAGCAUAAAUUGUUAAGUACAACCGACAUACAGAACAAGCCAUGGCAUUUACAUGGCCUAUAUUACUCUAUACUUGUUAUAGUGUUGUUUCCCCAUCACAAACAUACCUGGGUGUUGUUUCACUCACACAUUUAACUCACCCUCCUGCAUAUUUAGGCUGAGUUCUUCUCUCAAACAGAAGACACUGUUUUUCUCCUUGUGAUGUCAUUAAUUGUUAAUACAAGAAGUACUCCACUAUGUUUUCAAACUCCACACUUUUUCUAGAAUCAUUUUGAUAAUUUCAGCUCUGGAUUUGCCUAACUUUGAAGCUGCAGCUAUUGUUUUAGCCUCAUUGAAACGGCUUCUCUCUUUGGUGCCCCAAGUAGAUAUUAUAGACUACCUCUUGACAAUCUCAACUGUACAAUAGAUAAAAUUUAAAUAUUCAUCAACUUAAGAUUGUUUUAGAGUAUUGAAGAGUAAAACUGUUCAACUGGGGCUAAAAAAUUGCUGUUAACGACCACUUAAUGACAUCACAAGGUGGAAAAAAGCAUUUUGAGUUUUGGGGAUGCAGACAGCCUAAUAAUAGGUAAUGCAAGUUUAUUUGUUUAACACACUAGGCAAGUUGUCCACUAGGCAAUGGCAAAGUACUUUACAGAAUAAUCACAAUCACAAAAAAAUCACAAUACAUCAACUCAAAACAUAAAUAAUCAUAAUACAGGAUAACCCAAACAUGUGAAUGAAACAAAACACAACUCCAGAUAUGUUUGAGGAAGUGACAGCAUUAUAACAUGGCAAAGUUCACAUGAGUCAGUUUUGUGUAAUAUUGGGCCUUUAAAUAAUAUUUUCAGUUUUGGAUUUCCUGUAUGUUGCUGUCAUGCUGUUGUCCACAAUUUUGUCACAGCUUUUAAGUGAUCUGUUUGUUAGUGCUGCUGCUAGUGCCAGCUCCACCUGUGCUCCCAAACAGGCAUAGAACCAGAAAGUGAGCCCAUUCCAAUCCACAUCAGUCUGAUGGAGGAAAAGAAAUCCAAGGAUACCAAUCAGGAGGAACAAGCUGGACAGUCCUUUACCAAGUGCACUUAACCACAUCAGUGCUUGGUCAUCGGCAUAAGCUGCUAACACUGCAGCAAGCAACGAAAAAGCAACAAGUACUAUUGAUUCCAAAUGCAGUCUCGUUGCCUUGUACUAUGCAGGUAUGAAAUGGGCUGAUGACGAGUUUGUCAGUGUGAAUAAAUUCCCCAGAAAAAAUCAAAAGGGAAGUUGAUAUCUGGAUGAAGACCAAAAAGAGGAAAACUGCAAUCGAGCCAUGUUGCCACGUAAGACCCGAAUACAAAAACAUGGCCUGUUGAAAGGUUGUUGCAAAAUCGACCAUUGUGUUUUGUCGUGUGUGUUAGAAAUGUCUUCUGAGCACGGCACAGACGAAAACAAGUGUCAUGGUCAUAGGUUGUUUGUUUAAUUUUCAACCACAGCUGAUCUUGCUUCAGGCUGAGAGUUUAAAGUUCAUAAUUCUGCUUCCUGGUUGGAGAAGGAUAGCAGAUAUGAUAUGCACUUUAAUGGGUUCAUUGUCUGUUUGUGUAUGUCCUCCGUCAACCAAUACUUGUCCACUGUAUUCUCCAGGGGUACCCGCCUCAAGCCCAAAGUUAUAGUGGUUGUGUAUGUGUCCUGUAAUUGGUAGAAGAUGAAUAUUAGCCUGUGCAUUUUGUUUAAUCCCGUUCUAGACCGGUCACAAUAAUUGCACUACUACUACUACUACUACUACUACUACUACUACUACUACUACUACUUCAAUAAAUGGUAGCUGGAGUAGCCUAAUAUAGGCCUAUAUUUAAUAUCAUUUUAUUAUAAUUUAUUUUUGUAUACCAUUUGAGGUGUACACUUAUAAGAUCUAAGCAGGAAAGUAGAAUAUGUCAACACAGAAAGCACGUGCAGUUGUCACACGCAGGAUUCUGAGCAGUGGGUGUUUUUAUUCCGUUCAUCACAUGGUG